AUGAGCGGAAUAAUUGAAGUACAGAGGGCUUUACUUGAAGAGUCAAAUGCAUUAGAGGAGGGAAUAAGUAGGCGGUUUCAGAGGAAUCCUAAACUCUUGCCCAAAAAUCUCAUACCAAAACAUGGGGAUUUACUCAUCGAUAGUAAUCAAAGCCAGAAGAGGAAGACAAAGAAGAGAAACAACAGAAAUUACUCCAAACGGCUUGUUUUGCUUCAGCAACAAGAAUUGAGACUUUUUCUGGACAGGUACAAAGACAUCUUGAAAAGCACCAGCCGUAUUAACAGUGGUGGUAAACAGAAUUUGGGACAAGUUGAAUUAGGGCUUUUAACAGAAAAGGACUCGUUUGACAAGUUUGAUGCAUUAUUGGCCAAAGUCCAUAAACCACAAGCAGUAGAUGAAGAAUAUGGUCAAGACAAUAUUAUGGCCCUGAAUCCACGCGAGGCAUACUCAAGUUUCUACACAAAUGACCCAUCAGAUAUACAAAUCAAGGAAAGAGGCAAACUGGCUAUGAGAAGAAGAGAGGUAAAGUACGUCAAGAAAAAAUGCAUUCUUAGCAAAGCAGCAUCCCACUUGCAGUUGGCACAGAACACUUUGGCGUUAGACCUUAAACCUUUUCAUACGACCUUUAACCAGCUAACGCAAAAGAAUAUAUCAUAUGUCGAGUAUUUGUAUACUUUUGCUACAACAGCAUCAUCAACAGACUAUGAUUCUGUUCAGUUUUUGGCAUACUUGGAGUCGCUUUCAGGAUACUUGUGGCGCAUUUAUUGCAACUUGAACCCACUCGAGAGUCAUGACAAUUUAUUGAAAUCGUUACAGGAGGAGUUCAGCAAGCGUAUAAGUGGAAUAAAUGAAGAAGCAAAUGAUGAUGAUAAAGCCGAUAGCUUAUAUUGCGAGGCAUGUGCAAAAAAGUUUUCAAACAAGGCAGUUUAUGAUGGACAUCUACUGGGAAAAAAACACAAAAAGAAUGCAGCAGGAGCAGGUGCAGGUGCAGGAGAAGGAAUAGGAGCAAAAGGAGAAAGAGAGGGUAACAUUUCUAAUGAAUCUUCCUCUACUGCUGCUAAUGUUGCUCAAGCAAAGACAAGUACCAACACUAAAGUUUUCCGAGGAAAACCAUGGUACUCAUUUUUAUUAUUGAAAUUGUUCAACAUGCUCAAGUCCGAGAUUGCAAUUGUUGAAAAGACAAUUGUGCUUUCAGAACGUGAAAGGUUAAUCGAACUAAAAAGAACUGAAGAUCUUGAAAAUGAAUUAACAGCUGUCGAGGAUUCUGACUUUUCAGGGUCUGAUAACGAUGGCAAUGGUGAUGACGAUAACGAUAAUUCUGGGUCCGACUCGGACCUGGAUCUGGAACUAUUCAAAAAUCUUCCUAUGGGUCCAGACGGCACACCAAUCCCGUUAUGGCUUUACAAAAUGCAAGGGUUACAUAAGGUUCACGUUUGCGAAAUCUGCGGCAACGCAACAUACCAAGGAAAAAAGGCAUUUACUAGACACUUUAACGGCACAAAACAUUUGUACGGGCUCCAAUGUUUGGGUAUCGAUGAAGAGCAUAGCAUGUAUUUCAAGAAUGUUACUUCGAUAGAUGAAGCUCGAAACUUGUGGUCCAAUUUAAAGAAAGAGAGCAGAACAAAGCUGAGUGAGGUGCAAAAUGCCAUAGAGGUUGAAGAUAAAAAUGGAAAUGUACUUAACGAGCACGACUAUAUAGAGUUGAAACGUCAAGGUUUAAUAUGA